AUGGGGUCAGGACGUCAGAUGGCUGAUUCUUCAUCUCUCUCAUCUGGUGGCCGUUGGAACUAUGAUGUGUUCCUCAGUUUUAGAGGUCAGGAUACACGCAAAAUCUUUGUCGGCCAUCUCCACAAGGCUCUUGAUCUGAAAGCAAUCAACUCAUUCAUAGACUCUGAAGAUCUCUGCAUUGGCAACGACCUUUCAGAGUUGCUCAGGGCUAUUGAAGACUCCAGGCUCUAUAUUGUAGUUUUCUCCCAAAACUAUGCUUCUUCCUCAUGGUGCUUGAAAGAACUGGUUAAGAUACUUGAAUGCGCAUCAACGAAGAAGCAGUCAGUGAUACCCAUUUUCUAUGAAGUAGAUCCAUCUGAUAUCCGCAAACUGAAGGGGAGCUUUGGAGAGGCUUUUGCGAAACAUGAGCAGGAUGCUAAUGCUGACAUCAAUGAGGUAAAGAAGUGGAAGAUUGCUCUAACUGAAGCCAGCAAGUUAUCUGGAUGGGAUUCACGAAAUUACAGGGAUGAUGCCAAGUUUAUUGAAAAAAUUGUAGAAGAUAUUUCCGAAAAAUUGGCCCACAUCUCCUCCAGUAAAGUCAAUGACUUGGUUGGAAUGGAUUCCCACAUAGAGAAAAUGUGUGCACUGUUAUGUCUUGGAGAGGAUGGUGUUCGUGUUGUUGGAGUUUGCGGAAUGCCUGGUAUAGGAAAAACAACCAUUGCUAGAGCUGUUUAUGAAGAAAUUGUUUGUCAAUUUGAACACUAUUGCUUUCUUGACAAUGUCAAGGAUGGUUUCAAGAACAAUGGUGCAAUACACAUGCAGGAAGAACUUCUUUCUAGAAUCUUUGAGAAAAGAGUCCGUUGUCUAGGCACUUUGAGUAAAGGAUCCAAGAUGAUAAUGGAAAGAUUGAGCAAGAAAAAAGUUCUGCUUGUUCUUGAUGAUGUAGAAAACUUUGCACAAAUUGAAGCAUUACUUGGAAAACAGCAUUCAUUUGGUGGUGGAAGUAGAAUCAUUGUAACCACUAGAGAUAUACAGUCACUCAGUGGAGUUAAUGCAAGAUACAGUCCCACGUUUCUAAGUGAUGAUGCAGCUCUUGAGCUCUUCAAGCAGUAUGCCUUCCGAACAAACCAACCUACAAAAGAUUAUGAUCCUCUCUUAAGGCAUGCCUUAGAAUAUGCUCAAGGUCUGCCUCUAGCACUCAAAGUUUUGGGAGCUUUUCUAGAUAACAAAAGUAUACAUGAGUGGGAAGAUGAGCUAGAGAAAAUAAAGGAAAUUCCACAUUUAGAGAUUCAAGUAGUGCUUAGAACAAGUUAUGAUGGCCUGGAUCCUUCUCAGAAGGACAUAUUCCUAGAUAUUGCAUGCUUCUUUAGAGGAAUGGAGAAAGGCUAUGUAACCAAAAUUAUGGAAAGUUGUGGCUUCUAUCCUCAUAGUGGAUUGCGAGUGCUAAUUGAUAGAGCUCUUGUAACUGUUUCAGAUGACAAUAGGCUGGAAAUGCAUGAUCUAAUAAAGGAUAUGGGUUGGGAGAUUAUCCGCCAACAAUCUAUUAAAGAGCCUGGGAAGCGCAGUAGGUUGUGGAUUUAUGAAGAUGUUGCUCGUGUAUUAACUCAAAAUAUGGCUACAGAUGCAGUUGAAUGCAUAAUGCUAGACUUGUCGAAGUCAAAAGAUGUCUACAUAGAUGCUGAAGCUUUUGUUAGAAUGACGAAACUAAGACUUCUCAGAAUCGGUUAUUACCACUCGAUAGACUUGAAUGCAAAAGAAUUUCAAUUGAAGCACCAUCCAAGAGAUGAGUGUAAACAACAUGUGAGUGGGGAUGUAAAGUAUCUCUCUGAUGACUUGAGGUAUCUCAUGUGGUAUGGAUGCCCCCUGAAGUCUUUGCCAGCCAAUUUUCACCCGAAGAAUCUGGUUGACCUUGACAUGCGUUGUAGCCAUAUUGAACAACUUUGGAAAGAAACCAAGGUAAAAUAA